GGCCGUGUUGCCUGCAGUUCGUAUGCUAUGAUUAGUUUAUUUGUGCCUUGAAUAGGAUAGCCUGUGUUCGGGCGCAUUGUACAGAACGCGAUUAUUAUCGACAUCUGUCAAAUCUUCAAUUUUACGUGUUUUGUGAUAGAGAUGGUGGAUUCUUGAUUUACUUGCUGUGCCGGUGCAAAUUCACUCAGUGUUCAGUUAAACUAAGCUUUAUAAUGGUUGGAAUUUGUGAUUUUGUGUUUUGUGUAUAGCAGGCUCGUAGCCAAAGUGGCGUUUGUGGAUUGAGGAUCACACACUUGCUUAUUUGGAUUAAAAUUACUCUCAAAACCCGGUCGCCAUGUUCAACUUCAUGAAGAAGUCGACCGUCCUCGCCGGCGACACGGGGGGCUGCGAGGAGCGGGACGGGGAGAAAGAGAGACGGAAGAAGGAGAAGAAAGAGAGAAAAGAACGGGAGAAGCGGGAGAGGAUAGCGGCGGGGCUGGAGGAGCCGUUGAGGCUUGAGGAGGUCCGACGCUCACUCAAACUGCGAGGCAGACGCAAAGAAAAAGAGAAACUCCCCUCCGGCAUCACAGCUGACUACACCGCUUCAUUAUUCGCGCAUCUCGAGCAAGACUCCAAUUACUCUAACUAUCCGCUAAUACCCACCUCGGGAUCCAACUCCAAUCUCAGCGACGAAAAUAACCAUCUUUCUCCCGGAUACCCCACCACGCAUGUUUGGAAUAGAAAGGAAGGCGUUCUUCAGUCGGAUAGCUCGGAGACAUCGCUGAAUUCUCUAAACAACCCCAAUAAUGCUAAUAGUAGCCCGCGGCAGCCACAAGUACUACCUCCCAUUCCACCCAGACCACCAAAGCGUGGCAUACUUAAAGGGCCCCGACUUAGCAAUACUAGUUCCAAUUCCCAAGAAAGUAACAUACCAACUGUUGACACCGUCGAUUACAUCAACGGCCAAGAUUCCAAUGUACUAGCGCGUAACACGCAGCAAAACGAACUCAUUUCGUAUGGAAUACCGCCGUCUAAAAGCACCUCAUCCAGCGAUGAUAUGCAGCAAGUACAGAACUUUACUAAAAAGGUCAUCCACAGUCCAGUUGAAAAUCAGGUUAAGAAUAAUUACAAGAACGGUGGCAACCCAUCUAUCACCACUCAGGACAUGGAUGAGAUGCCAAAAACGAAUGGUAGCAGUUACUUAGGAGUGACAUCAACAUCUCCAAGCGCUGAUUCGUUGACUGACACAACUACUAAUUCAUCAUUCGCUACUCCGCCCUUUUCUACAUCUCCUGUGGGCGAAUCUCAGGGCUUCCAUAGAUGGUCACGAACAAGCAAUUUCGAAGACGUUUAUCUCCCUUUACCAUCCCUAAAACCGCUGCAGCUUCCCAAACCAAGAUUGCUGACAAUCCAAAGGCAGAAAGCUCCAAGAAAUGAUUUCGGCUUUAGUCUUCGUCGCGCAGUGGUACAAGAAAGAAUUUUUAGCGGCGAUUGUAACGGCCAUGAAGAGAACGGAUUGACCAAUGGUGAUAACAAAUGCAACGGUAACAUUACUAGUGCAGUUGCUAGCAAAGUUAUACAGAAAGCUGUGAUUCUCGCAGAGCCAGGGUCCUAUCCUGGGGCCAGUGAGUCGGGCUUACUGCCUGGUGAUAGACUCCUGGAAGUCAACGGGGUUAAUGUUGAAGGCAAGAGUCGAGAGGAAGUUAUAGACCUCAUCAAAAGCAGUCAAGAUUCUGUGACCAUUAAGGUGCAGCCGAUAGCCGAGCUCUCGGAGCUGUCGCGAAGAAAGGCGGUGGACGGCGGUGGCGACGUCGAGCUCUCGGACAGCAACGUCCGCGGCGGCACGCUCAGCCGCUCGGGCAGUCGCCGAUUCACCAGCACCCAGGCUAAGUCAGAAGAGCAGUUAGCAUGCGAGAAGGAAUGGCUGAAAGCUGGUCACAUGUGGCUCGCACACCGCGGCGGAUUCACUGCCGUGGUGCGAGAAGCAGACGCCGACGCGGGCCGUGCGAGAGUGAGGGUGCUGCAGACUGGGGAGGUGCUCGCCGUCGACGAAGAUGACUUGGAGAAGGCCAAUCCACCUCAGAUGGAGCGUUGCGAGGACAUAGCCUCACUCCGCUGCUUGAACGAGUGCGGCGCGCUCAACGUCCUACGGUCGCGGCAUGCCGCCGGGCUGCCUCACGCCCGCGCCGGCCACGCGCUCCUCGUCCUCGGACCGCCUAAACGCAGCUCCCCCAUCUAUACUGAGAAGGUAUCAGCGAUGUUCCGCGGCUGCCGCGCCGACGAUAUGCCGCCGCACAUAUUCGCGGCCGCGCAGUCCGCGCACCGCUGUAUGCUGGCUUCGAGACGCGACCGAGCCAUUGUCUUCACGGGGAGAUCCGGAUCAGGCAAAACACUAGCUAUGAGACAUUGCAUCUGGUACCUGGCAAGUGCGUACCCAGCCCAAGGGUCCAAGCUCACCCCGGAGCGACUGAGCGCCGCCAUGGAUGUACUGCAUAUGUUUGGAUCGUGUCGCACGGGCUCCAACCCGCAUGCGUCGCGCGUGGUGUCCCUGGUUUCCCUGGACUUCGAAGGUGGCGGCGCGCUAGUGUCGGCCUCCGUUCAGACCCUGCUGCCGGACCUUCGACCAGGACGGUCCCGGCUCACCGCAUUGCAUACACUAUUCCACGGCUGCGACGGCCGCCUCCGCCGCGAGCUGCACUUCGACCAAGCCCCCGUCAACGCUCCCAAUCCCUUCCUCACGUCGAGCGAGAAAGCCGAUGCACCAGCUGACUUCUCAGCUCUCAAGGAAACCUUCCAGUUACUGGGAGUUACUGAGCAGGAGCAGAUGGCUGUGUGGAAGAUACUGGCUGCUAUCUGCCAUCUCGGAUGGGCUGGGGUAAUUAAAGCGAACUCCGGUUCCGGUAUGAAGUACCAGUUCGGCAACGCGGGCCUCGCGGCGCGCGUGCUCGGCGUGACGGCGGAGGAGCUGACCCGCGCCGUGUUCGUCGCCACCGGCGCGUCCUCCCCGCAGCCCAACAACAACCUCAGGACUCCUUCGCCAUCAACUGAGAGAGAGAUUUCUGGCAGCGAGGCCCUCGACGCUUUCGUCACCGGCCUGUACAAUGAGACCUUCAAUAUCAUCGCUGCUCUUGUCAACAGGAGCAUCUCAACAUCAGCGCGGACGUCAGCAUCUCUGUUGCUUUUGGAUGCGCCCGGUGCCGACAACCCUAUGUCCUCUGGUCACCAGAGUGGUGCUCCACUCUCCAAACUACUCUCCAACUACCUACAGGAGCGUUUGCAAGCUGUCUUCCACGACGCCCUGUUGGUGGCGCCACGAGAGCGCUACGCACAGGAAGGCAUCACGCUAGACGACGGGGCUGAGGAAGAUUGGCUGUCAGAGACCGUGAACCCGGGACCGAUGGUGGAACUGCUUGACAAGUCUCCGCAGAACUCCAUCGUUCGCAGCUCGCAGGCCGACCUGCGCGAGUGCGAUCGACGCGGUCUUUUAUGGCUUUUGGACGAAGAAUCGAUGUAUCCCGGCUCAUCCGACGACACGUUCUUAGAGCGAGUGAUGACGCACUACGGGCCGCCGAACCAAACUCAAUAUCUAAUCAAGAAGGCGCCGCACGCACGACAGUUCGUUUUACAACACCUCCAGGGAACAAAUCCAGUCCUGUAUGACGUGACUGGGUGGGUAAAAGCGAGCAGGGAGAGCCCAGUGACAAAGAAAGCGCUUACUUUAUUGCAGGAAAGCCAAACCGAGGAGAUCGGGCGGCUGUCGAGCUGGGCGCGCGGCGCUUGCGGCGCGGGCGCGGGCGCGUGCGCGUGGGGCGCGGGCGCCGGCGACACCGCCACGCUGCGCCGCGCCUCCUCCAUCCGCCGCACGCUCACCGCUGGAACAGCGGGCAUGAAACGGCGCUCAACAGCGUUACAAGCCAAGUUCGUAGCGGACGGCAUUGUGGACACAUUGCGUCGCUGCGGCGCUGGCGGCGUGCAGUUCGUGUGCUGCCUGCUUACCGCUCAGCCUAAUGACCAAGCCGAUGAUGUCAAUGUGCCGCUGCUGCGCUCGCAGUUCCGUGGCUUCCAGCUUCUGGACGCGGCGCGCCUCUACAAGCAGGGCUUCCCCGAACACAUGCCGCUCUCCGAGUUCGCCAGGAGGUACCGACUGCUCGCAACAUCAGAAAGCGAGUCAGAAGAAGCGCCGCCGUCAUCACCCCUUUCGGAUCGUCAGGUCGUAGACGAUAUGCUGCUCGCGCUGGACCUCGACGUGACCAGCUACCGGCUCGGGCUCACUCAGGUCAGUGCAAUAUGUGCCUUAUUACACACCACACAAGGUCUAUCAUAG